GCAUAAAACGAUCCCAGGCUUCAAAAGUUUGGAAGGCUGCAAUGAAUGAAGGUACGACUUUUCUUGAAUUGCCUGCAGAUGUUGUAAUGGAGAUUUUCUCAAAGCUUCCUGUAAAAUCACUGUUACGAUUUAAGGCCGUCUGCAAGUAUUGGUGCAGUCUCAUUCAAAGUCCUACUUUUGUUGCUAAGCAUCUCCGCCAUCACAAAAACCAAGAAAAUCUCUUAGUCCACUGCUAUCAUGUACACGGUGGAGCUUCUGCGCUUUCUUUGUUCCCGGAUGAAUACCUGGCUGGCACAUCCCUGGAAUACCAAGAUCAUAUACCUACACCGACAUCCUUCUCAACCGUCUCGACCGUGCUCGGCCCGGUGGACGGUUUAGUUUUCAUCUACAACGAUCACUCCCUGAUGCUACUCUGGAAUCCAGCUACAAGAGAGGUUAAGCUUCUCCCACCAUUAGUAGUCUCCUCCUUACCUCUGUCCUCUCCGUCACGGACUCUGUAUUCCCAUGUUUUCGGAUUUGGGAAAGACCCCUCAACUAACGACUUUAAGGUGGUCUGUGUACGAGAUUACUGGGAUGAUGAUUUGCAGGUAUGGUAUGUCCCUCUUGUUUCAGUGUACACCUUGAGUUCUCACUCCUGGAGGCAGUUUAGAGAUUACACAUUUUCAAGCCUGCGCGUGGUGAAAUCUUAUACUAACACAUACUUGAAUGGAUUCUAUUACUGGGGGGGUAUUAGCAGCUGUAGAGUCUUCGCCUUUGAUGUGAGAAAUGAGAUCUUUCGAGAAAUCAGGACUCCGGAUACGUUCAAAUCAAUGCAGGGGAAUCUCGCCUUGUAUAAUGAUUCACUAGCUACGUUUGCUUACAAUCGCGGUACUGAAACGAGUGUCGAUGUAUGGGUUAUGGAGGCGGAAGGGUCUUGGAUUAAAAAAGUCAGCAUUGGACCUCUUCUAAACAUCAGGAGGGCUCUCGGGUCUUGGAAGACUGGGUUCAUUUUCAUAGAAACAGGGAUCAUGCAGCUAGCCUUGCUGAAUCCUGAUACAAAGGAAAUCAGGCAUCUUGGACCUCGGAUUAACUGCUACUGUUUGCAAGUUUCUAGUUACAAGGAGAGUCUCGUUCGAUUACAUUAGGCGCGUUCUCCAAAAAUGGUAGUAAUUGAGAUUGAGAUAUAACUGCCGAUCCCCACUCUCAGAUUCUGGCUGCUCUGGAUUACACUUGUUUUGUUUGAGACUUUCGCCCCUUUCAACUUAAAAACCUUCUUGUUAGGGGGGGGUUCCUGAACGGAUUUUAGAUUACAUGUGAGAAUCAGAAACAGAAACUGAUGGUAGAAGUUCCAUUUAGUAUCUAGCUUUUUUCUGGUCAUGGGAUUCGAAAGUUGGGCACAUGUUGCUGUCUUAUAAUAAUGAUUUGUUCUUCAAACUUUUUCGCUUCUUGUCUUGCUU